AUGGUUCGUCGAAAUUCGGAAAAUAAUGACAGUCGAACGGAGCAGUACCGAAAGUUAUUCAUCGGAGGUCUUACGCCUAGUACGACUGAGGAACACCUUAAGGAUUAUUACUCAGCCUGGGGGGAAAUCGUGGAUGUUGUUGUAAUGAAGGAUCCUCAGUCUGGACGGUCGCGGGGCUUUGGAUUUGUCACCUACAAAGAACCGGAAAUGGUUGACGCAGCGCAAGCUAACCGGCCGCACGAAAUUGAUGGUAAAACCGUUGAAGCUAAAAGGGCCAUGCCCAGAGAAGACUCGUCGUGCGCCGAGGCUCACAUGACUGUAAAGAAACUAUUUGUUGGUGGUUUGAAGAGAGAUGUUACGACUGAGGAUUUACGCGAGUACUUUUCGAAGUAUGGGAAUAUUACGGAGUGUGAGGUUGUCACUGCUAAGGAGACUAAUAUUUCCCGCGGUUUCGGAUUCGUCACAUUUGAUGACUACGAUCCGGUUGACAAGGCGAUCCUGUACAAACCACACCUUAUUAAGUCCAGCCGGUCGGAUGUUAAAAAGGCCCUAAGUCGUGAGGAAAUGAACACUAUGAAAAGAAAGACGGAUUAUAGGCAGGAAUAUGGUGGUGGGUAUGGCGGGGGAUAUCGUAACGGUGGUGGCUACGGUCCACCUGGCGGGUGUGAUGGUUAUGGGCCCCACGGUUAUGGUGGCCCGAUGGGCGGUUAUAACGACGGUUGGGGCCCAUAUCCCCACGGUGGCGGUUGGAGUCAAGGUAUGGGUGAUGGCUUCGGCCACUAUGGUGGUCAGCAAAGUUACGGUGGUGGCCCGAUGAGGGGUCCUCCGGGUGGUGGUUAUCAACGUAAUCAACCUUACGGAGACUUGCGGUUAGCCAGCGCGCCAGGUGAAUUGUGA